AUGGGCAUUAACCUCAACACUGCUGUGGGGCGACAGCGGUGCCGAUAUCGACAGGCGGUAGACAAUAAAUCCGGUUCUGACUGCAGCGGGCGGGUUGCAAUUAAACUAGUGUCGCGACGAGUUCGCGACCGUGCGAAAGUGAAGCGACGGGGCACGGUGAGGGGGGAUUACAGGAAGGGGGAGGGGGGCGGUGAGGGCCACGACGGAGCGCGGCGCGCCCCCAUGGUGUACCCCGAAACGUCCCGCUGGGGCGCGCCCGACGCCAUAGCGCCCCUCUACGAUGACGUCUACCGAGACGGCGUGAUAUCGACGGUGAACGUGGUGGAGGCCUUGCAGGAGUUCUGGCAGGCGAAGGCCUCACGUGGUGGUGGCGCUGCCGGUGGUGGAGGCGCCCUCGUCAUUUAUGAAUCGGUUCCCGCAGCGCACCCGCCCUACGUUUGCUACGUCACGCUCCCCGGCGGCGCUUGCUUCGGAAGUUUUCAGAACUGCCCGACGAAGGCGGAGGCCAGGAGGAGCGCAGCCAAGAUCGCUCUGAUGAACAGCGUCUUCAACGACCACGAAUCGCGUCUCAUAUCGGACCAUUUCAUUGAGAAGGCGGUGGCCGAAGCGCGCGCCUCGUUCGCAGGCGACAACUCCGCCCACAAUCAGGACGCUAAUGCUGGAAUUGCAGCCUUCAGGUUUAUGCUGGAGGCGAACAAGGGGCGCACGAUGCUGGAAUUCCAGGAGCUGAUGACGGUGUUCCAGCUGCUGCACUGGAACGGUUCGCUGCGAGCGAUGCGGGAGCGGCAGUGCUCCAGGCAGGAGGUGGUCGCGCACUACUCGGCGAGGGCGCUCGACGACACGAUGCGCGAACAAAUGGCGCUCGAGUGGGCCGGCAAGGAACGCGACUCCAUUGCAGCGGGCACUGGUGGAGUACUGCGCGGGGAGCUCGCCAGGGCAGAGAGGGAGCUACGCGCGGCCCGGCUCGCCGCCCGGGAGCUUCGCUUCCCGAAGGAGAAGAGGGACAUUCUGCUGCUCGCUGCGCGCUUGGUGCCACCGCAGCCGCAACAG